GAGGCGGCGCCCGCGGGCCCGGCGCGGGGGCGGGGUGGCCGCGGGGGCCGGCGGCGGGGCGGCUCCUUCUUUGGCCAUGAGCGAGGUGCCGGCAUUCGGCCGCCGCCGCCGCCUGCGGGACGCGGGGAGGGAGCGGCCGCAGCGAGGUUCCGCUGGCGGCAGCGGCGGGUGGGAUGGCCCAGGCCAGGAUCAGCGCCAAGGCCAGCGAGGGGGCGCAGCAGCAGCCGCAGCAGCAGCAGCAGCAGUCGGCCGGGCAGCUCCGGGGCCGCUUCUACCGCUCCACCUCCAUGGCUGACCGCUCCAGCCGCCUGCUCGAGAACCUGGACCAGCUGGAGCUCAGGGUAGAGGCUUUCCGUGAUGCAGCAUCUGCUAUGGAGCAAGAGAAGGAAAUUCUGCUUGAAAUGAUCCACAAUAUACAGAACAGCCAGGAUAUGAGGCACAUCAGUGAAGGGGAGAGAGAAGAACUUAAUUUGACUGCUAAUCGCCUGAUGGGCCGAACCCUCACUGUGGAGGUUUCCGUAGAAACCAUCCGCAAUGCGCAGCAGCAGGAAUCCCUACUGCACGCCACCAAGAUGAUUGAUGAGAUUGUCAGUAAACUCCUUGAUGAUUUGGAAGAUGCCAAAAUGCGCUUAAUGUCACUCUACGGUGCAUGCACGUCUGACGUGCCAGCAGGACCCAUCGAUCAGAAAUUCCAGUCUGUGGUCAUCGGAUGUGCCAUUGAGGAUCAGAAGAAAAUCAAAAGGCGCCUAGAGACUCUGCUCAGAAACUUGGAAAAUUCUGAAAAGUCCAUCACAUUGUUGGAGCAUCAGAAAUCAUCUGUUCGGCAGUCUUGCAACAGCAAACAGGAUUAACAUAUCCUCCCGGCUACUUCUGGCAAACCACAGGAUGAGCAAGUGCCCAUAAAAAGCAUACAGAAGCCAAGAAAAGAAUUCUCUGUACGAGCACACACAUAUAUACACAUCCACACGCACCAACUUAUCUUUGAUUGCGAGGUGCAAGCAUUUAAUGGGUUUUGGUAGCAUUGGCAUUUUCUUUUGGCAAUAAGGAAUGCUAUCAGUUCUUCUGUAGAGUCGAUACUGCUCUAUUGCAAAUUGUAAUUGUGCUUCUGCUGAUCUGACAGAAACUGAAAAUCUAGCCUUUCCUCCAUUCUCCUGGGUUUUUGAAAACUAAAGUUGUUUUGUCCUAUCAUGAGAUUUCAGCUUUUCUCUGUUGUAUAAGUAGUAUGUGAGCCAGACUUCUGGGGACAAAAGACAAUUAUGGCAAUAAAUCAAAACAAAUUAAUAAA